CAGUCCCCGCGGGCUCGGCCCCUCCGACGCCGAUUAGCUCCCGGAGAGAGCGAGGCAGGGCUUGGGGCGGGUAAAGAGCGCGGGUUUGCCGGCGCGCGCGCGGAGCAUUAUUUCGAUGGCUGGGCCGAGGCUGGCGGCGGGCUUCCUGCAGGUGCCCGCGGUUACACGAGCCUACACCGCGGCCUGCGUCCUCACCACGGCCGCAGUGCAGCUGGAACUCCUCAGCCCCUUCCAGCUCUACUUCAACCCGCACCUGGUGUUCCGGAAGUUCCAGGUCUGGAGGCUCAUCACCACCUUCCUCUUCUUCGGGCCCCUGGGAUUCGGCUUCUUUUUCAACAUGCUCUUCGUGUUCCGCUACUGCCGCAUGCUGGAGGAGGGUUCUUUCCGGGGCCGCAAGGCUGACUUCGUUUUCAUGUUUCUCUUCGGUGGUGUUCUUAUGACUCUGCUGGGAUUCCUAGGCAGCCUGCUGUUCCUGGGACAGGCCCUCAUGGCCAUGCUGGUCUAUGUAUGGAGCCGUCGCAGCCCUCACGUGAGGGUCAACUUCUUUGGCUUACUCAACUUCAAGGCGCCAUUCCUGCCCUGGGCCCUCAUGGGCUUCUCGCUGCUGCUGGGCAACUCGGUUAUCACAGACCUGCUAGGGAUCGUCGUGGGCCACAUCUACUACUUCCUAGAAGAUGUCUUUCCCAACCAGCCUGGCGGCAAGCGACUGCUACUGACCCCCAGCUUUCUGAAGCUGCUACUAGAUGACCCUCAGGAGGACCCCAAUUACCAGCCCCUUCCGGAAGAGCAGCCAGAGCCCUAACUGCAGCUCCUGGAGAAGGAAGCCCACACUGGUCAGCUCGACACUUCUGACAGCACUCUGUCCUUCCCCUCCACCUCAGCUCCAGCUGAGCAGCCCACUGGGAAGGCCUUGGUACCUCAGCCGGCCACACCCUCCACUUCUCUGUACCGUCUCUGCUCAGCUGUAACGACAGGACAUGACAGGACACGGGGCCCAGAGAGGCCCAAGACUGCCUAGAGUUGCCUAGCAGAGUUCUGAACUAGUCACAGACCCACAGGUCUCAUCUUCAUGCUGCCAGUGAUCUCAGUCCCAGUCAACAGGAAUCCUGCCUGUGGUGCCUGUGGGCUGAUGCCAUCCCCCUGUCUUCGUUUAAAGCAAAUCUUCACCUUCUCCAGACGGCGACCCCAAGGUCCCACGGUCUCAGGCACAGGCACAGAGGAUAACUCUGCCCCUUGGCCAUGCUAGUGAGCCUAGGGCCUUGAGCUCUAUUUAAGCAGUAGCCGUGUACAGCAGUAGUUGUGGGACAUUCCUUCCAUCUGUCUUGCAGUUGAAGGCCUGUGCGGGCUUUCCUACCGAGCUUUCCUUGUUGCCUUACAUCAGCCCCACGAGGCUUACUCCUGGAUGCCCAAUAGUACGGGGAUUCCCCAAACCAUGGCCUGUUAUUUCUGUGGCAACAAAAAUGUUUUCUACUGA